GAUGAAGUAGGAGGACUCGUCGACAGCUGUCAGAUUGCCCAGCGCCGCUGUGUGCAGGUCGGCCAGGCAGAGCCGCGUCGGCCCACAGUCUGAUACGGAACAGAGUGACCACAAGACUGGUGGAAAGGGAGCCGAGGAGGAGGAGCUUCACCCACGGGGAGGGAGUUGGCAGUGGGUCAGGAUGCCUUACACAGCAGCAGAGCUGACGCACUAAACCCCUCAGGGAAAGCGAAGGGGAGGGGACAGAGAGGACCAGACUACGUGGACAGAUGGAGGGGGCAGUGUUUGUUUUGAAGUGGCAUGCUGGUGAUCAUUAAGGGCUAGCGGCUGCAGGUCAGUGUAGAACACACGCCCACUCCGUUCUGGAUGUUGUCGUGCGAGGAGAGAAGUGCGUUGUAGUAGCAGUGCUCCCUGUUGGCUCCAGAAGUCGGGAAACCCACCACACGUUCUUCUGUGCCCUUCUUCCUCCGCACUGUGCUGAGCUCUGCAGAUGCACUCGAUGUGGCUCGGGGUGAAUCAGGAUGUGCACCCAGCCAGCAUCCAGACCGGAUCCCUGGACCUCCAGGGUAAGGUACGCUGAAACGGCCCCUUCGCACCCCUGGAAGCAGAGUCCGGUCUGGGGAGAGGAGUGUGGGAUAGUCGGGAGGAUGUGAGGCCUCGACAGCAGUCAUCACCCACCACCAGGCCUGCCAGAGUCUCGUCUCGCCCAGGGGAGGAGGGGAGGAGGGGGGGAGGAAUGGGCCUGGAUUCACUGCAGGAACAGACCGAGCAGGAGCCGCUGAGGGAAAUGGAGUGCUACCACAGCCUCCUCCAGGCCGGCUCUCAGCUGGAGAGUACACUUCAGCAGGUGUCAGUCCCAAUCACUAUGAAGGAGGUGGACGGCUUCAUCGAAAAGCAGGUGGCCUACCUGUCAGGAGGUCGUGGAGAAGACUCCAGCGUGAUCAUCACCCUGCCGGAAUACUCGGAUUUCAGCGAUAUCCCGGAGGAAUCUUUAGCCAAAGUUCUAACGUACCUCACCUUCAUACCUCGAGCACGACAGCCGGGUGUAAAAUUCAUAAUCAUUUUAGACAGAAGACUGGAUACUUGGACCUCAAUCAAAACAGCACUUGCCAGAAUUGCGGCGUCCUUCCCCGGGAACCUCCACCUGGUGCUGGUACUGCGGCCCACCAGCUUCUUCCAACGCACCGUCACGGACCUGGGCUUCCGCUUCAGCCAGGAAGACUUCAUGCUCAAGAUGCCUGUGGUGAUGCUGAGCUCCGUGACGGACCUCCUGAGAUACAUCGAUGAGAACCAGCUUACCUCAGAGUUUGGUGGCACCCUGGACUACUGUCAUAGUGACUGGAUCGUCCUGAGAACAGCAAUAGAAGGCUUUGCGGUGACAGUGAAGGAUAUUGCCCAGAUGCUCCAGGCGUUUGGCACAGAGGUGGCCGAGACAGAGCUGCCAAAUGAGGGCACGACCAUUGUCCAACUCCUCUCCGCCCACAUGGAUAAGUACAGGAAUCUCAAGGAGGCGAUACGAUCUGUGUCCAAGGAAGGUCGUCAUCUACUGGCUAACCUGGAGGCCUCGGGGAGAGAGGGGGACUCACUCUGGGAGAUCAGGCUGGACUGGGAGACUGUACAGAGGUUACUGGCCCAGCUGAGGGAAAUGGAGUCAGCCUUCGACGGCUUCUUUGAGAAGCAUCAUUUGAAACUGCAGCAGUGCCUACAGCUGCUCCGAUAUGAGCGCAGCUUCCAGGAGAUGGAGUUGUCUCUUGGGCGCCUGGCGUCGCAGGAGAGGGAGGUGUCGUUGUCAGUGGAGACGCUGGCUCAGACAGAACAGACGCUCAGAGACCUGGACGGUCUGAAUGCCCGUGCGCAGGAGGAGAUCGGUCGUGCCCAGGCCAUCGCCCUCCGUGGUCACCAGCUGGCUGCCUGCCACCACUACGCCAUGACAGUGAUUGUGCAGCGCUGUAACGAGCUGCAAAACCGCUGUGACGAGCUCAGCCACGCCUUGAGCUCCAAACACACGCACCUGUCCCAUGUCUACCAGCUGCUGCUGGGCCUUCAGCAGGCCCAGAAGUGGUGUGAUGAUGGGGUGUACCUGUUGGCGCAGCAGCUGGUGGAUAAGUUCCAGUCCAAAGAGGGGGCCCAGGCUGCACUGAAGGACAUCGACAGGCUACUGGAGGAGGCACCGUCUCUCCUCAGCUCAGGACCCGACGUCCUGGCUCUGGAGUGGGAGUCUGUCCUAACCCCUGAGAUUCAGGUUCUGAUAGAGAAGACUUUUGAGAAGCACACAGUCUUGCAGGACAUGAUACAGAACAGACAGAGCUGUCUGAGGAAACUGGCUGAUAAACAUGUCCGUCCCAUCCAGCUGGUGGCCCCCCGGCCUGAGAACCCACCCCGCUCCAAGUCCCCACUCUUCUCCCCCAAACACAGUGUCGACGGUUUGAAGUUUUCCUUCGAUCUGUCACUCCCCGGUAAGAGGACGUCACGGAAAAGUCCCGGCCUGAGAAAGAUCGAGGUCAUGCAUGACUACCAGGAAAACAGGAGCGCCCUGCUGUCCAACCUGGAUGGCCAGGACAGCCCCGACCUCCUGAAACGACAUGUGAUGAAGGAGCUGAUGGAGACGGAGCGCGCGUACGUGGAGGAGCUGCGGUCAGUGCUGCUGGGCUACCGGGCGGAGAUGGAGAACCCAGCCCUCGCGGGGCUCCUGCCUGCAGGCCUGCAAAACAAGAGAGACGUCCUCUUUGGCAACAUGCCGGAGAUCUACGACUUCCACAGCAGGAUCUUCCUGCAGGACUUGGAGGGUUGCCUGGAGACCCCAGAGAGAGUUGGCGCCUGUUUUCUGGAGCGGAAGGAGAAUUUCCAGGUAUACGAGUGCUACUGUCAGAACAAGCCCCGCUCAGAGUCGCUGUGGAGGCAAUUCUCCGACUGUGCCUUCUUCCAGGUGACGGUUCCUUUUCUGUGUGUCCCAUACUGCCCCCUGUUGGAGUGUCAGAGGAAUCUGGAACACAAAUUAGGCCUGGAUUCUUACUUGCUGAAACCGAUACAGCGUCUCACCAAGUACCAGCUACUUCUGAAGGAGUUACUGAAGGACAGUCCAGAAGGCUGUGAGGGGUCCUUCCAGCUACAGGGGGCGCUAACCGCCAUGUUGGACCUCCUCAAGUCCGUUAACGACUCCAUGCAUCAGAUCGCCAUCACAGGCUACCAGGGAGAGUUGUGCGAUCUGGGCCGAGUGCUGAUGCAGGGCUCCUUCAGUGUGUGGAUCAGUCAUAAGAGAGGCCCGACCCGCAUGAAAGAGCUGGCCCGCUUCAAGCCCAUGCAGAGACACCUGUUCCUGUACGAGAGAGCCCUCCUCUUCUGCAAGCGCCGGGAGGAGCAGGGAGGGAGACGUGACAGAACCCCCUCCUACAGCUUUAAACACUGUCUCAAGAUGAGCGCCGUGGGGAUUACGGAGAACGUCAAGGGAGAUGUGAAGAGGUUUGAGCUGUGGUACAGCGGACGGGAGGAGGUCUACCUAGUGCAGGCUCCCACAGUAGAUGUUAAGAUGGCUUGGCUCAACGAGCUACGAAGGAUCCUCACCAACCAGCAGAAACUUCUCAAAGAUGAACGCUGUCUCAACAACCAGCCAGACCACAUCGAACUGUCUCCACCCAGGUCUGAGAGCCAGCAGCAGAGAGUGUCGGUCAGCUCAGAGGACACAGAGUCAGGAAGAAGCAGCCCAGACCCACAGUCUCACUCCCCACAACACCUGCCCAGCCGCCGCAUUGAGGCGCCCACCUCUGAAACACAGCGCACCCAGAACCACAGACGCAGCUGGCCUGGUGCAUCCUACACUGUUGAUGUCUGUGAGGGACUGGGGGAGUGGGCUGGAGGUCCGGAAUCGUCUCACCCGUCAGACACCGAGGAAGACCCUGCCCAGCUGGGCCCAGGCAGGUAUGAGGCCUUGGCUGCAUGUCCACCCUACAAUCUGGAUGACCUCACCAUCAGGAGCGGUGAUGUCAUCCAGCUGCAGCACCAGGAUAGCGAAGGUCUCUGGCUGGUGAAGAACCUCAGUCGCAAAAAGGAGGGCCUCAUUCCUGUCCCUGUCCUGCAGGUGAUUCUGGGAAAUGGCAGUAGAGGACACUCCAGCAGACUAGGGGAUCCAUGGAAUCUGAAGGUCAGGAAGCUCAGCUCUCCUUAGUGGACAAAUGAUGCCUUUAGAUUCUCGGUGGACCUGAGAAACGUCCCAGUAUGAAGUCCUAACUCCCACAUGAUUGUAUUAAAGUGCUUUUGAAGUUGGAACUGUUCUUCAGCCAAUGGCUAGCGAAAUGGUCCAUUCAGCUAGUUUGCAUAGAUGUUGACAAUCUAGUUUGACAGUCUAGUUAGAUGACUAUAUGAAAAAAUUAUUGGAAAGGUGAAAGGUCAGUAAAGAAAAGACACAACAGGUGAACUCUAAAAUCAUCUCUGACUUUCCCCCUUGGAAUUUUGACCUGGGGGUUUUGUGACUCUUUCCUGUUCAGAACCUCAUAUUUUAUGAAUCUGAGGAGCAUGUGAAGGCAAAAAGGGCAGAACUUUUGGGCUUUACCCAGACAGAAUCACCAGACUGUCUUUUUUCGAGUGACUGAUGGAAUAUCAAAAAAGUGGUCCUUCAAAGUGUUUAGUGACCCAAGAAGGACACAGGAUUUUCGAGUCUGGAUUCUUGAAUGCCAUUAAUUCUGGGCCAGUAAAAGGAGGCCCUGCUCUGGCAGGAUGGAUAGUGGACAUACUCUGGUGACUACUACCCUACAAAACUCUUUGGACUGCAUAGGUUUCUACCAGCACAAAGACACAAGACUCAACCAGCACAAAGGCUCACGGUUCGGGGAAGGACCAGGGACUACCUGUUUGCCCCAGCCAAUGGCGUGUUACGUUGGGUUGCUACUGUGUCUGGAAUUGGACUGUUAAACAUAAAUGGUCUCUGCUUGCCAUCUGAGGGCUUCUUAAGCGUUAUCACUAACCAGUGGGAAUGCAUUUGGUGUGUGUUUCUUUGUGUGUUCUGUCAUUGCUAACACGUAGGAGUGCAUUUUGUGUAUCUUCAUGCGGUUUCUGUACACCAUAAUAGUCAAGGUUUUGCCAGAAACAUUUCUUAAAGAGACUUUUGUACAUAGAGUAUGUCCUACAUUUUUUAGGUGUGUACUUGAAUGUUGGAUUAUUGCGUGUUGAUGUGUCCAUUUUGUCCACAUGCUCUUGUUGUUUGGAUGCCGUUCUCUUGUCCUCGAGGCUACCUACUCUUACCAUCUCACAGAGUUAAAAUGCCAAAACGUGCCGUGCCAUAAUGCCUUUUUCUUCUAGUUCUUUUGAAAUCCAUCUCUUUGAUGAAUGUACUGUUUGCUCAGUAAUAUGAAAUGCACUGCUGCUCCUACCUCAUCUCAGGCCUGUGCUCCUGGCACUUCAGUAAGGUGGAAGGUCUAUGAGAAAUGCAAUCAGAAAGACAACCCCUUGCAUAUUUUCCCGAUUCAUAUCUUUUUUGUUAUGGUCCUAAACUGAAUUUCAGUUGAGUGUUGUUGUACAGUUAUAUUCACAGAU